AUGGAGGCAUCAUCGACUGAAUCACUUCCAGGAGAUUCUAUUGCACUGAUGGAAGACCCUACGGAAGAUGUCUCUAAAGAGCUAAAAGGCGAGCCACCACGGAUGGACGUGAUGGCGUCGAUAGUCGUUCAAGAAAAGGUGGAGCUGAACGAGCCGAUCAAGAUUGCAAUCGUGGAACCGAUCAAUGGUUCGAUUACAGUGGCAAAACCCCGUGGUCACAUUCCAAUCAAAGUCAUAUCAUUUGUUGAAGACCAUCGGGAGAUCGUAACGGUUGAUCGGGAAAUGUGCUGGAUCAUCACCCCAUUUAAGCUUUUGAUCGUGGUUGCUGGUCAAGUGUAUCAGUCACUCCUGAGUGCCGUUUCAGCAAGGAAUAUUCUUCAAGGCCGUAAUAUUUAUGAUGAUUGUUGUACACUGAACAUCCAAUUUUCAUGCCUAAGUGAUGUACAAUUCAACUACAAACGGUUAACGGGUUUCAAGAACACAUCCGUGCCUUCAGCACAGAAGGACAGUAAAAUUGUGAUUGAGGCAUCAUCGACUGAACCACUUCCAGGAGAUUCUAUUGCACUGACGGAAGACCCUACUAAAGAUGUCUCUGAAGAGCCAAAAGGCGAGCUACCACGGAUGGACGUGAUGAAGUCGAUAGUCGUUCAAGAAAAGGUGGAGCUGAACAAUCCGAUCAAGAUUGCAAUCGUGGAACUGAUUAAUGGUCCGACCAUUGGGAGAUCAAAAGAGACAGAGAUUGAAGAGAAAAGAGCUAUGGAUAAAGCUCUGAGACUCGACAACAGUGAGAGACCCUGGCCGUCAUGGUUAAUUUAUUCUGGGAUAUUUCCUCAGACUCCAUUAUUAGAGGGUGGUAUGAGAUUUUGCAAUAAUCCUGUCGACUUCAAUACAUCUUCCUCGUGGAGACCUCUGGAUGCAAGCAUUGUCAAAUUGUUAUAUAUAAUCUUAUUUUUCUCAAACCUGGGAUUUUCUUUGGCUGUACAAGUAAAUCAAAUUUUUUUCUUCUCCUGGCCUUUCACAGUAUCUGGAGCAUACAAUAUUGGAAUUUUUCACUGGCGGCCAACAGAUUCUACAAAAAAACUGGCGAAAGAAUGGAAAGAGAAACUUAUAGCUGAUGAAAAGAUAUGGGAUCAGAAUGGAUUUAAUGAACUUAUGCACAGACAAUUAGGACCAGCUGUAGAGGGCGAAAAUGGACUUGUUUACGCUUAUGAUGGAAUUCUUAAGUUGGGACUUUUGCCAGCUAGUAUUUUUUGCAGUGGACAUACUUACUUUGUCCAGGCCAUGCAUCAACAACUUAGACUGGAACCAUAUGCGGUGCAUACUACCUUCCAGUAUGCAGGUACUGAAGGAAAGCGUCAUCGACUACGGGAGGCCAUGGUUUUCUAUGACCAACCAGAAUAUUUUGAUGCAUCAGGAGGUUUCUUGUCGUUUAAACCAUCUAUCCCAAAGAGCCUAUUGCUCGAUGGAGAGCACAACAUUGAAUCACAUUUUUCUCUCAUGAAUUUCCAAAUAAAGCAAAUAAGGAAUGCACUUGCUAUUGCUUCUUUGCUGAACCGUACACUGGUGAUGCCUCCACUAUGGUGCAGAUUGGAUAGACUAUGGUUUUCACAUCCUGGAGUUUUGCCGGGGACUAUGACAAGACAACCUUUUCUCUGCCCUUUGGAUCAUGUAUUUGAGGUGAAUGUCAUGCUAAAAGAUCUGCCAGAAGAGGAAUUUGGCCCACGGAUUGAUUUUAGAGAGUAUUCUUUCUUGGACAAUCCUUUACUACCCGAACAGGUCAAGGAGUCUUGGCUUGAUGUUCAUGUUUGUCAAGAGGGAAGCCAAGGUUGUCAUGUAACUAAUGAGACAAGUCAACCAGGAGUUCUCAGAUUUCCAAAGCAUAGCAGUGAAGAACUGUUGAAAACAGUGUUCUCCUCAUUUAAGGAUAUCAAAGUUAUACAAUUCUCAUCCAUGCAAGAUACAUUCCAAGGUUUUUCCGACAAGAAAAGAGAGGAUAAGUUCAGAGACCGUGUGAAAAGGUACGUGGGGAUAUGGUGCUGUGUGGAAAACCAUACUCCUGGACACAUAUAUUAUGACAUGUACUGGGAUGAGAAGCCUGGCUGGAAACCUGCCCCACCAAAGACUCCAAAAGAUGACCAUCCGCCUUGGUAAUUUUCAAAUUCAUGUAAUUCUUCCUAUAGGUUGAAGGAUAAGUG